CUCAUCCAUCUUUUCAUCUCUUCAUCAAAGUUCAAGUAACCAUGACAUCCAUCCAACAACUCUUUGGAGAGCUAGAACGACACAUCAAACGAGAGGAGCACGAUAAGGUCCUGGUUGUCAGCGACAAGAUCCUCAAAAUUGAUCCUAAGGAUAAAGAUGCGCUGCAUUGCAAGGCCAUCACUUUGAUCCGCCUUGAACGCUACACGGAUGCUCUUACUAUCUUGAACCGUCAAUUGGAUACCUCCAAAUUCACCUUCGAGAAGGCUUAUUGUCUUUACAGGACCAACCAACUGGCAGAUGGCGCACAGCUUAUUGCCAACAAACGUAAAGAGCUUCCAUCUUCUUCUCAGCUCUCAUGGGACCUUCGUCAUCUGGAAGCUCAAAUGCUCUAUCGUAUGGAGCGUUACCAAGAUUGUAUUGAAUUGUAUGCAAGCAUGUUGCAGGACACAGCCGUGGCGGAUGAUUCCUACAAUGAUAUUUUGACCAACUACAAAGCCUGUAAAGCUGCUGUUUUGUAUUCAGGACAGUCUCUGGAUUCCAAGUGGAUGUCCUUGGAUGAAUCAACCAAUUCAAAGACAACGGCACCAACCUCUCAAACCUAUGAAUUGAGCUUUAAUGCUGCAUGUGCCAAAAUUGCUCAGGGUGAAUACUCCCAGGCACUUAAACUCUUGGAAGAAUCCAAGAGGGUCUGUAGAGAGGCUCUCAAGGAUUAUGACGAAGAAGAGAUUGAGCAAGAGUUGGCCAUUAUUGUUGUUCAGAUUGCUUAUGUCUACCAGCUAAUGGGUAAGACUGAGCAGGCCAAAGAACUUUAUCAGACAGUCCUCAAGAGCAAGGCUCUGGAGGUAACAGUACCUGCUGUGGCGGCCAACAAUUUAGUAGUGCUGCAAAAGGAUUCAGAUCUAUUUGAUUCAGCCAAGAAGAUCAAGACUGCGACGACGAAGGCUCUGGGUGUGAAGUUCUUUUCUACCCAGAAGCGUACUAUUGCUAUGAACGAAUUAUUAUUGUCGUUAUAUCAGAACAAAUUCGUGGCCUGUCGAGAUUCUGCAAAACAACAACUCAAGUCCCAUCCGCCAUCCGAGUAUACCGAUGCUCUGUAUUUAAUCUUGGCAGCCGUUCAGUACAAGCAACAAAAGAAGGCUUCCAAGGCUCUAGAGGAAUUGAGGGAAUUUGCAAAGGAAAGACCUCAGAGUGUGGCGAUUCAGUUUGCAAUCAUUCAAUUACAAUUGACAGAAGAGAAUGGACGUAAUUUCAAGGCUGCGAUCGAAUCGCUGUCGAACUUCUUGAAGACUUUACCAGAGAAGGAACAGUAUCGUCCAGGGUUUGUGGCAUUGUUGGUUUGGUUGUACGAUCAGGCUGGUCAAGGUGAUAAGGGCAUGGAUCUGUUGUCAGAAGCUAGUGUUAUUUGGGCGAAAUCUAACAACACCAGUAGUAGUGGUAGUAAAAAACAGGAGGCGGCCGGAACCGCCAUGCCUUUGACGUUAUUGAAACAAACCGCCGCGUUCAAAUUACGCUCACACCGGUACAAGGACGCUGCCAAGGACUAUGAAGAGCUCGUCCGCACGGAUCCUUCAGAUCCCACUAGCAUUGCUGGAUUGAUCAUGGCUUACUCCGAGAUUGAGCCUAGUCUCGCAGAGAAGUACGGUACAUCUUUACCAGAAAUGGAUCGUUCGAUGAUGCAGUCAUUAGAUGUAGAAACUCUUGAAAAAGUAGUUCCGGGACAUAGGAAGGAGUAUAUUUCCUCAACAGAUGCUAUCAAAGCUGCUGUAGGCGGUCGUAGACGGCCUGGAUCAAGGCUUCGUCGUACAGGUGCCAGGAAGGCUCACAAGCGUAAGCCUCUGCUUCCAAAGAACUUGGAUCCUACUCAAUUGGGCAAGAACAUUGAUCCUGAGCGUUGGUUGCCUAAACGCGACAGAGCUGCAGCCCGUCUUGCCAGGACUCGCAAGACCGGCGCUGGAUCCAAGAAAGAGAUGGGUAAGGGGCCUCAGGGAAUGAAUAUGGAAGGUGGUGGCAUUGGAGGUACUGGAAGUGCUCGAAUUGCAGGACGUGAGCAUCUGACGACUUCUGCCAAGGCAGUAGCAGUAGAAGACAUAAGCAUCACAAAGAUUGAUGAGGCUGUGGAGUCUCCAACAAGUUCAAAGGCAAAGAGUGGUGGUGGAUCAUCCAAUGCUAGUAAGAAGAAAAAGGGGAAGGGCAAGGGCAAAUGGUAGAUCUCUUCCUUGAAUGAAAUUCUGAAAGCUUGAAACAUUAAAUAAGUAAUAGCAAAGGCAUUUCAGCCAGCCAAUUCUAAUAGAAUUAGCUUUGGUGUUAUUUCUUUAUAAUAUAAUGAGACAACUAUUCG